CACAGCCAGAGAGUAUUACAAUGAUGCCAACAUCUGUGUGGAUCUUGUUAAGUUUGGCGUGGGGAGCAGCUUUGGGGAUUCAUAGUUUGGAAGCGAACUGCAUGGAUGCCUGUCUGAAAGAGCAGGAGACUGCUUCACUGUGCAGAGCUUGUAAGAUGGGCGACCACAUCGCAAUUAGAAGAAAAUUCAACAACACGCUGUAUUCUGUUGAGAAAUGCACCCACAUCGCACCGUGUUUCGCGGAGGGCGGGACUGACGAGGCAUGCAGUCACGGGAUUGGUCCCCCGCAGAAUCUGGUGGCAUCCCCCGGCAACCACAGCCAUUGUCCACAAGAGGAGGAGCUGCUGGUACGAUGGAACCCCAGUGAGUUUGGGAUUUUGUACCUUCAGGGUUUUUUUACCCAGGUCAUUGCAGAUAAGGAGUCUGUAUCAGAUUGUAAGAGACUGAGACUUCACAAGACAAUCGACAUCACAGAUUACAAGGUAUUUGAAGUCGCAUUUUGUGUUCCUUUAAAUACAAAUUACUCUGUCUUAGUCCAUGCGUACCCCAUACCAAUUGGAAGAGAAAAAGAUGACAACGUAUUUGCCACCACUAAAUUCAGGCCCAGAGAUUGUGAACUCCUGUAUGGUAAAGCUUACUGUCAAGAUUGCCAGAAUUUUUAUGGCAUUGCUAAAGUUAAAUGUCUCAAAAGCUGGGUACCUGGGAAUGUAACAGUAUCCGAGAUUGGCACUAGUAUUAUAAUCACCUUUGAGCUGGCUCCAGACAGCUAUGGCAUCGGUUCCUACUAUAUUUACUACCAAGUACAUCUGCAAGACUGGCAGAAUACAGCUGUGAAACACGAAACUGCAGAGGGAAAAAGCAGGUUAAUAAAUGUUACUCUAAAGAACCUUGCGUGCAAAAUGAACUACACUAUUUUGCUGUUCUCAGAUCUCCGUGAUUCAACACAAAUUAGACUCAACUACUACCUCCUUGGGAAUGAAGAACACUUCAAUGGUGUUGUCUAUAUAGUGGUGUCCCUAGUGGUGUUGGCCGGAAUUGCAGUCUUUUUCUGCUUCCUUGUCGUCUACAACACAAAGAGAAAAAGUCAGCCUUCAGAGCUGUACUCAGUCGACAGUGACAGUCUGGACCUCGGGCCUUCCCCUGUUCUCAAUCCCCCCACUCCCCUGGUGUUCCUCUGCUGCUCUCACUGUGAGGGUCCUGGGCACACCCGGCUGGCUUUGGCCCUGGCCUGCUACCUCCAGGAACACUGCGGUUGCCAGGUGAUCCUUGACCUGUGGGAGGAGCUUGCCAUCACCCGUGUCGGUCACAUGACCUGGCUGAGCGAUGGAAUCGAGCGCAGCGAUUUCGUCGUGACUCUCUGCUCCAGGAGCCUGAAGAGAAUGGUGGACAUGAGGGCUCCAUCGGAACUCGAAUCGGGGGGCUGUCACAUCGUCGCUACGGCUUCACUGAUUGGGGAAAAGAUCCGCCAAUCACGCAUCAGCACAGGCGACCUCUCGAAAUUCAUUGCCGUGACCUUUGAGAGCGACUUUGAAUACCAGAUUCCAAGGAUCCUGGAACUGGCCUCCAAAUAUAAGCUGAUGGAAGACUUCCCGAAGCUCUUCUCCCACCUCCACUCCCUUGAACUUUACAGCCCGGGUUCUGUACUGCAAGUCAGUAAUAUAACCCAGGAAGACUACUUCUCAGUCAGAUCAGGGUAUGCAUUGUACUCUGCUCUCAAAGAAGUAGGGAUAGUGCCUAAUAACAAACUAGUCGACUAGUUAAUAGUAAAGCGAACCUCAAAUGACUCAUCACACGUCAUGCGAUUGGGAAGUAACUGUGAAGUGAUUUCAGAUGGGUGGUAGUGCAGUUGUGGUUGCAAUCCGCCAACAUGUAAAUUAUAUUUUAGAACAUUAACAAAUACAAGUUCAGGGCAGUUUUUAAAUUCAGCGGGCAGACAGAAAAGUGCUACGAAACUGUACAUUCAGUACAGAAAUAUAAAGUGGUGACUAGUCAGCCUGUUUGAUGAUUACUUUUAUUUCAGCUACUCAAUAUCAAAAGGAGUUGUUCUACCUCUAUAAGGAAGCAUUGAUCAAGUGGUUGCAUUCAGUGCAGUUUUUGGCAAGAUUUGUUAAAGCAUCUUACAAAACACAGAAUUAUUUCUUCUUCGAUUGAGAUCUGCUCAGAUCUCAGUACACUAAACAGUGUUCAAUCUUUUUCGCUAUUUGUCUCUUGGACUGUGAUCUGCUCAGAGAUCAGAAAGUUAAACGCAGCAGCAGAGUCAGUACUACUUUUUCUAGCUAAACCAAGAUCCUAUCUACUUUUUGGACAUUAAAAACUCAAUUUCCUCGAUUGCUUUUAGUACAGAUCAGAAAUGCAUGUCAGUUAUAUUUAAGCCGUACCAGAAAACCAAUGAAGUUCUGUGUAACAAGUUGUAUGACUCAUAAUAUUUAACUUAUGCUAAUACUCAUUUUAAUAAAUGUAAUCUCUUUUUUUAAUGUUUUGGACUUAAUUGACUUCAUUAAAAUACUAAUACAUCACAAACUGUGUUUACGGUUCUGGCCAAAUGUUUUGCAUCACCCUUUAGAAUGAUUUUGCUUCAUAAGGUCCAGUGAAACCUGCAGAAUGGUGUUACGUUAACAUAUUAACAGUGUGGAAUAGUGGUUAGGGCUCUGGACUCUUGACCGGAGGGUCGUGGGUUCAAUCCCAGGUGGGGUGACACUGCUGCUGUACCCUUGAGCAAGGUACUUUACCUAGAUUGCUCCAGUAAAAAAACAACUGUAUAAAUGGGUAAUUGUAUGUAAAAAAAAUAAUGUGAUAUCUUGUAACAAUUGUAAGUCGCCCUGGAUAAGGGCGUCUGCUAAGAAAUAAAU